AUGCUGAUUUUUAUCUUCUUUAACUUUAUUUUCCGUUCUAAGAAACACAGACAGGGUCCACCAGGACCAAAACCCCUUCCUGUCCUUGGCAACCUGCUGGAGCUGGAUUUUGACCGAUUUGAUAAAACCUUUGUGGAGCUUUCCAAGAAAUAUGGAUCUGUGUUUGCCGUCAACAUGGGGCAAAGGAAGACGGUGGUCCUGGCGGGAUACCAGACUGUGAAGGAAGCUUUUGUUAACUACAAAGAAGAGUUUGGAGACAGGGAGGUGCCGAUAAUAGCAAAAGAUCUAAACCUAGAUCAUGGAAUUGCUUGGACAAAUGGCGAUACGUGGAAAGAAACGCGCCGCUUUACUUUGACAAACCUGAAAGACUUUGGGAUGGGGAAGAGAACAAGUGAGGACAAAAUCAUUGAGGAAAGUCAGAAGGUCAUUCAAGAACUGAAGAAGUUUAAAGGUGAAGCAUUUGAUACGAGCCAACCACUGAACCACGCUGUCUGUAAUAUAAUCUGCUCCAUGGUUUAUGGCAGCAGAUUUGAAUAUGAGGAUCCAGAGUUUCAAGCAAUUGUAAAUCUCACAUUUAAAGGCCUUAGGCAUUUAAGUUCACCUGCAAUAAAGCUUUACAUAUUGUUCCCAAGAAUUGGCAAAUUGCUGAUUUCUGCCAGGAAGAAAUUGAGAGAUGUAUUUGAAGACAUCAGAAGACAUCAUUUAAGACUACUGGAUCGUUUGAAGGAGACCCUCAACCCACAGAUGUGCAGAGGUAUUGCAGAUGUCUUCAUGAUGUGCAGAGGUAUUGCAGAUGUCUUCAUGGUCCAUCAGCAGCAGCUAAAGGUUCUUCUGCCAGGCAUUCCCCGCAAACCCUCACCACACGUUUGGGUCUACCGGGUCUGUCCGGCAUCUUCCCCUGCUAUCUGA